AUGCGGCCGCAGUUGUCUCGUGCGGCCGCCCGGUUCGUCCGGGUCCCCAAGGUCAACUGCCCCAGGACAUUUGCGACGACAAUCCCUCGCUCUGCAGAGGUCGAACUCACAAUUGAUGGGAAGAAAGUUUCAGUCGAAGCUGGCUCUGCUCUCAUCCAGGCUUGCGAAAAGGCGGGCGCCACAAUUCCAAGAUACUGUUAUCAUGAGAAGCUCUUGAUUGCAGGCAAUUGCCGUAUGUGUCUAGUCGAAGUUGAACGGGCUCCUAAACCCGUGGCAUCAUGUGCUUGGCCUGUACAGCCAGGUAUGAAUGUCAAGACAAAUUCACCACUUGUACACAAAGCUAGGGAGGGCGUUAUGGAAUUUCUUCUUGCCAAUCAUCCUCUCGAUUGUCCAGUCUGUGACCAGGGAGGUGAAUGUGAUCUGCAGGACCAAUCAAUGAGGUAUGGUGCCGACCGCGGACGUUUCCAUGAAGUUGGUGGCAAGCGCGCGGUUGAGGACAAGAAUAUCGGACCGCUAGUCAAGACGUCUAUGAACAGGUGUAUCCACUGCACUCGUUGUGUUCGAUUCAUGAACGAUGUUGCCGGUGCUCCUGAACUGGGAACCUCUGGCAGAGGAAAUGAUAUGCAAAUUGGGACUUACCUGGAGAAGAAUCUUGACUCGGAGCUAUCCGGCAAUGUCAUUGAUCUCUGCCCAGUUGGUGCUCUUACAUCGAAACCUUACGCUUUCCGUGCUCGUCCCUGGGAGUUGAAGCACACUGAAUCUAUCGAUGUGCAUGACGCUUUGGGCUCGAACAUUCGGAUAGAUACCAGAGGCAUGGAAGUUAUGCGUGUAACCCCGAGACUUAACGAUGAUAUCAACGAGGAAUGGAUCAACGAUAAAUCCCGGUUUGCGUGUGACGGCCUGAAGACUCAGAGACUUACGACACCUUUGAUUCGCCGGGAAGGAAAGUUCGUUCCGGCCACGUGGGAGCAAGCUCUGACCGAGAUAUCCUCCGUUCACCAGAAAUUACAGCUGAAGGAGAACGAAUUCAAGGCUGUUGCGGGGCAUCUUGUGGAUGCAGAGUCACUUGUCGCUAUGAAAGACCUGGCUAAUAAGCUUGGAUCCGACAAUCUCGCUUUGGACCAACCGGGCGGCAACUCGCCUAUUGCCCACGGCGUUGAUGUUCGCUCCAACUACCUCUUCAAUUCCAAGGUGUACGGAAUCGAAGAGGCAGACGCUAUUCUUCUAGUUGCUACGAACCCUCGUCAUGAAGCCUCUGUCCUGAACGCUCGGAUCCGGAAGCAAUACCUGCGCUCUGACCUUGAGAUCGGACUCGUCGGUGAGGCAUUCGACAGUACUUUCGAUUUUGAGCAUCUCGGGUCCGACGUCUCUGCUCUCAAAUCUGCUCUUUCCGGUAAAUUUGGAGAAAAGCUUGCUGCGGCUAAACGGCCAAUGAUCAUUGUCGGCAGUGCUGCGGCCGAACAUCAAGAUGCGAAGGCGAUCUUUGAGACCGUUGGCAAUUUUGUUGAGAGGCAUGGAAGCAAUUUCAACACCCCGGAAUGGCAAGGCUACAACGUUCUCCAGCGCGCGGCAUCUCGUGCUGCAGCCUAUGAAGUUGGUUUUACUACGCCGUCUCCCGAAGUGUCCCAAACCACACCUAAGAUGGUUUGGCUGCUUGGCGCUGAUGAAAUCGCUUCGAGCGAUGUCCCGAGUGAUGCGUUUGUUAUUUAUCAAGGACAUCAUGGUGACCGAGGUGCCCAGCUUGCUGAUGUUGUCCUGCCUGGCGCAGCCUACACUGAGAAAUCCGGCACCUACAUCAACACGGAGGGCCGUGUUCAAGUCACUCGGGCGGCGACUUCGUUGCCUGGUGCGGCCCGUGAUGACUGGAAGAUUAUUCGUGCCACUAGCGAGUUCCUCAACACGCCUCUUCCAUACGAUGACAUCGAAGCACUUCGCGAUCGGAUGGAAGAGAUUAGCCCCGUGAUGCGCCGAUACGACGUUGUAGAGCCCACCUCCUUGAGCUCCCUGAGCAAGGUGCAGUUAGUUGAUCAGAACAAGGGCACUCAGCCAACUGGAACGCCUUUCAAGGGAGUUAUCGAUGACUUCUACUUUACUGAUUCCAUUUCUCGAAGCUCACCCACCAUGGCCCGCUGCUCAGCAGCCAAGGCUACUGGAAAUCCCGAAACCAACUUCAUGGCUGCCGGAGAGAUGUCGCCCCAGGCUUUGUAUGGCUAAGAUUAACAUUCUAGUUUUCUCUCCCGGUUUAUUUCUUCUGCUCUAGGCGUUGUUGUCGUUGUAACACCUAAACAUUGUUUUCUUUCUUCCUUUCCUAACCCAGUAAUUGAUCUUGCUAUUGAUCUUACCGCCUCUUUCUUCAUUGUUCCUGACGAUCAGCCUUUGAGAUAACUUGGGACGCAUCAGUAGUGAUGAAUUUGUACAUAAGGUCAAAAAUAAGCUUCUGGGCAAUGGCGAGGUCAUACAACUCCAAAAGGUUUUGUUCCGGGAAUAGCAUCAAUUGAUCUCUAUCACAGGUACUAGCAUGACUAUCGAGAGCUCGGAACAAAAAUAG